AUGACAAUGAGUCUGACGCUGCUUUCGAGCACCAUUAGCAUCUUCAUCCUAAUCUAUAUUACGUACCAGAGAUAUUUUUCUUGUCUCUCCUCCAUACCAGGCCCAUUCGGCGCUAGCAUUUCGAAGUGGUGGCUAAUCAAACAUACUAGGAGAGGGGACUUCCACCGACAGGUUGUUCGCUUACACGAUACUUAUGGUCCUCUGGUUCGCAUAGCACCGAAUGAGAUCUCAAUUAUCGACCCACUUACUAUUAAGAAAAUUUAUGGGGCUGGCUCAAAAUUUCGCAAAGCAGAGUGGUACGAUGUUCUCCAAGGAGGCCGCAAGUUUGACCUCUUCGGCGAGCAAGACAUCGCGGUCCAUGCCUCUCAGCGCCGCCUUGUGAGUCGAAUUUAUGCAAUGGAGACUCUCAAAGAUCUUGAGCCAUACGUAGAAGCCACCAUUCAGCGUUUCAUGGCCAAGAUAAAGCAGAUGCUGGACGACAAGAAAGCCAUUGAUGUUGACAUCGGAAAGUGGCUGCAGUUGUUUGCCUUUGACGUUAUUGGGGAAGUAACCUUCUCUCAACCAUUUGGUUUCUUGGAUGCCCAAGAAGAUGAUGGGAUCUUCUCCAGGAUUCAUAAGAGCGUCGCGUCGGGUGUGUGGCUGGGCCAUGUCCGAUGGAUACUAAGCCUGCAUAAUUCUCUUAUGCCGAUAUUGGGCAAUUACCUUGCCAUAAAUGACAAGGAAGGCUUUGUGAGAGACUAUACAAUACGACAAGUCAAUAGCAGAAUGGAGCGUGGGAGUGACCGCCCAGAUAUUCUAGGGAAAUUGUUCGCAGUCCACGAGGAAAAGCCUUCGGCACUCUCAAUGGCCAAUAUCACAUCAGUGUGUUCCAGCAAUGUCGGCGCAGGAAGUGACACGACGGCGAUAUCUUUAAGAGCCAUCCUUUGGUUUCUUUUAACAAAUCCUGAGAAAAAGGCAAAGCUGCUCCACGAAAUCGAUGCAACAGCCUGGGAGUUCGGAGUUAUCGAGGCUUUCGAUUAUCAAAGAUCAAUGAGAAUGCCGUACCUGCAGGCAGUAAUUUAUGAGGCACUCCGGUUGUAUCCUGCCAUCGGUAUGGCAUUGCCUCGAAUUGUACCACCUGAUGGACUUUCCGUGGGGGAGAAGUUCAUACCUGGAGGCGCCGUGGUCUCGACCAGCGCAUGGGCUUUGCACCGCAAUCAGGAGAUAUUUGGUGACGACGUUGAGAAUUUUCGACCGGAAAGGUGGCUUGAAGAAAAAACGGGUGGCAUGCGUAUGAGCAUCGGAUUCUGUGUCGCUUCAAGAUGA